UUCCCCAUUCGCUCGCUCCGCGAGGACCGCAACCAACUCCGCCCCGUCUCGCAGCCCUUCGCAGCCCAGGGUUUUGCCGUCGCGCAUGAGGGAAGCGAGCGGCGAUCUCUUCGACCCGCCGGUGAGCGUCAUGGACUCGGGCUUCUCCCCCGGCCCCAAAUCGGACUCCGACUUCGGGUUCGCCUUCAACGACAGCAACUUCUCCGAUCGGAUCCUCAGGAUCGAAAUCGUCCCCGAUGUGUCCGACUUCAAGUCCGACGGCGAGGGAUGCACCAGCAUAGCCGACUGGGCUCGUAAUCGCAAGAGACGGAGGGAAGAGAUCCGGAAAGACAACGUUUUAGAUCCCGUUCAGUUUGAGGAGCAGAUAUUGAGUUGCAAUAUGCCAGAUACAGAUGAUGGUGCUGGGUACGAGAAUCAGGAUGAGGAAGCGGUAGCAAUGAUUGAGGAAUCACCUUCAGGUGGUGGGAUGAGUUUGCAAAGACUUGGUGAUGAAACUGCGCAGUGUGGUGGUACAUCAUUAACCAUGGAGUGUUCAGCUGUUCUUAAAGUAAAAACCUUGCACAUAAGCUCCCCAAUUUUAGCAGCAAAGAGUCCUUUCUUUUACAAGCUGUUUUCAAAUGGGAUGAGAGAAUCAGAGCAGCGGCAUGUGACUUUGACAAUCAAUGCAUCUGAGGAAGCGGCUUUCAUGGACCUUCUCAAUUUUAUGUACAGUAAUACUUUAUCAGCAUCCACACCGACUGCUCUCUUGGAUGUUUUAAUAACUGCAGACAAGUUUGAGGUGGCAUCAUGCAUGAGAUAUUGCAGUAGACUGUUGCGGAAUUUACCUAUGACUUGUGAGUCGGCAUUGCUCUACUUGGAUCUUCCUUCCAGUGUUCUAAUGGCGGAAGCAGUUCAGCCUCUCACGGAUGCAGCUAAGCAAUUUCUCGCUGUACGUUACAAGGACAUAACAAAGUUCCCAGACGAGGUGUUGAACUUGCCUUUGGCAGGUGUUGAGGCGGUGCUGGCCAGCGAUGAUCUUCAAGUGGCAUCUGAGGAUGCAGUUUAUGACUUUGUUCUCAAGUGGGCCAGGACACAUUGUCCUAAGUUAGAGGAGCGAAGAGGAGUCCUUGCUUCAAAACUUGGGAGACUCAUCCGUUUUCCAUACAUGACCUGUCGGAAGUUGAGGAAGGUUCUGAGUUGCAAUGACUUUGAUCCGGAUCUUGCCUCAAAGGUUGUUCUUGAGGCUCUCUUUUUCAAGGCUGAGGCACCAUACAGGCAACGAUCGCUAGCUGCUGAAGAAGCCAAUGGUAUCCACCGCCGGUUUGUGGAGAGGGCUUAUAAGUACCGCCCAGUGAAGGUGGUGGAGUUUGAACUGCCCCGCCAACAAUGCAUUGUUUACCUAGACCUGAAGAGAGAGGAAUGUGCACAUUUAUUCCCUUCUGGUCGAGUCUAUUCUCAGGCAUUUCAUCUUGGAGGACAGGGGUUCUUCCUCUCUGCCCACUGCAACAUGGACCAGCAGAGCUCUUUUCAUUGUUUUGGCCUGUUCUUAGGGAUGCAAGAGAAAGGUUCGGUUGCUUUUGCGGUCGACUAUGAAUUUGCAGCUCGGUCAAAGCCGACCGAGGAGUUCAUGAGCAAGUAUAAAGGGAACUAUACCUUCACUGGUGGGAAGGCUGUUGGAUACCGUAAUCUCUUCGGUAUACCUUGGACAGCUUUCAUGUCGGAUGAUGGCCCCUAUUUUAUCGAUGGCAUACUCCAUCUUAGAGCUGAGCUCACCAUCAGAGUAAGCCCUUCUCCCUGAGUCUGGCGAUAAUACUUGGAGGCCCUCAUUUUGGCAUUAGCUUGAAGAAUCUACUGGUUCUGAAGCUGACAAUGGCCGCGUUGGUUCCGUGAGAAUUAUUGGUGGUUGUAAAGGGAAGGUGAUCGGGGUUGGGAAAGCGGAGUACUAUGGGUUUGCCCUUUCUCAUACCUGUCAAGGAGGGAAACAAAUUAGUGCUCUUUCUUUAGUUGUAAUGAUGUUUUCCAUGUAUAUAAAAAAUCCCUUCUAUCUGGUGUUCUAUUCUUUGAAUGAGCUUUUCAUCCA